AGGUACUUAAAGCGCAACAUACGCAGCAUGGAAGAGGAGGGGCGACAAUUCAGAUUUAUUUUGCCAAUUGCAAAUGGACGAUCAUGACGAGCCGGGACCUAUUGAUACAUCCGUGCUGACUGAGCAGCCACGGCAUAGAUCUACUUUGAUCAGAGAGGAGGGUUAUUUUCCUGUUCAAUUUACGGAGCAUGGCCGUAAAAAGAACAUAUGGCAGUGCGAGCAUCCUGCGAUGUUGGACUUACUGCGACGAGCAGGAUUUUAUUACGUUUCACGAUUGCGCCGCCUACAGCUCGAUCAGUCGUUAUUGGGAGCAUUAGUCGAGAUGUGGCGGCGGAAGACGCAGAGUUUCCAUUUGCGACACGGAGAGAUGAGUAUUACAUUGAUGGACGUCGCAGUUAUUACGGGACUCUGCGUCGAUGGUGGGGUUGUGACUGGAGGGGGAUCCUAUCAGUGGGCAGAGCUCUACGGAUUACUUCUCGCGGUGGUUCUGCAGGAUAUUAGGGGUAGUGAGAUCAAGAUCGACUGGUUAUAUCAGCAUUUCCAUGAUAUCCCCUUAGAUGCACCUCCCGCUAUUGUUCGAGCUACAGCGAGAGUAUAUAUUCUAUUUGAGAUAGAAUGUAGUUUAUUUCCAAAUCCAAGCGGGAAUAGGGUGCAUUUGAAAUGGUUGCCACAUCUAGAGGAUUUUGACCUUUGUGGUGAGUUGGCAUGGGGUGCAGCCGCGCUAGCUCAUCUUUAUCGCGCCCUAGGAAAUGCUUGCAUCAGGGGGAAGGUCGAGUGUUGUUGUUUUGGGACAUUAGUUCAGAUCUGGGCAUGGGACCACCUGCACAUUGGCCGCCCUGAGUUAGUAGGAGCGCAGCCUGAGCUUGUCGACAUGCCACUAGGGUGUCGGUGGAAUACCAGGCUGGCUUUUCGGGACAAUGUCAGGACUACUGACAUUGAGUUUUAUCGUGAUCAGCUGGAUAAGCAGUUAGAGUCUCAGGUAAAUAAAAGUUACUCAAUCUGUCGAAUUUUGUAUUCAAUGCUAAUCUACUUCUUUUUUGGAUUGAAAUUUUGUUUUAGUUUGAAUUCUAGGAGGUCAGUAUAGUAGUUUAAGGAACAAACAAAGAG